CGGGCGAUGGCUCUGUGGGACAGACUGAACCUGUCAGAGGGAGGAAAGGAACGGAACGGAACGGAUGAGUUCAUUCAGCGCGCUUCUGCUCAGGAACCAUGCGCUGGAUUCGACACCGAGUGCUGUGCGCGCUGCUCUGGGCGCUGUUGGGAGGAAGCACGCUGCGUUUGGGGAGCUGCGCACCGAGCCGGAGUCCUGCUGGUCAUGACGCCUUCGCUAUCCAGCAUGAAAGUACAGGCAAGUGCUUCCUGGCUCAAGACGGCGCACUGACACUGGGAAACUGUUCAUCAGCGACGGCCCAGUCAUGGAAGUGGGGCUCAGGACAUCGGCUCUUACACACAGGGUUAUCUGCCUGCCUGGGACUGGACGUUCUCUCCAAAGCGCUGUCUCUCACCAACUGUUCCGAUGAUGCGAUUUUGGAAUGGCGCUGCUAUGAGGGAUCUAUUAUCACUACCUUUCAGAUGAGGCUAAGCGUCACCGCCAACGGGACUGUGAUAGCCAAACAGGACGCGGCUGACUCCUGGAGAAGGGGAGGCACUACAGAGAACAUCUGUGAACAGCCUUACCAAACGAUUCACACUAGCGGCGGUAACUCCAACGGUGCGCCCUGCACAUUCCCCUUCCUAUACAAGAACACCUGGUACCACAGCUGCCUUCAGGGUGAAGCCACCCAGUCGUUCCCCUGGUGUUCCACAACUGAGAACUAUGAUGAGGAUCGUAAGUGGGGAAACUGUCUAAAAUACGAAGAGGGAUGCGGCUCAUUAUGGGAAGGUCCCUUCGAUGGUCAGUGUUACCAGGUGGUUUCUACAGCGAUGGUUCCUUGGCACGAAGCACGGGAUGCCUGCCGUAGUCAGGGUGGAGACUUGCUCAGUGUUUCCAGUCCUCGUGAGCUGCAGAACUUAACCAAAGAUUUACCGGAGGAGCUGUGGAUUGGGCUGAACCAACUGGACUGGGCGCAAGGAUGGCAAUGGUCCGAUGCAUCACCUUUAGUUUAUUUCCCCUGGGAAGCAGACCAGCAGGUUUUGAUGUCACAAGACUGUGGGGUGUUGCGCCCUAAUUUGCGGUUUGGUGGCGAGUUAUGUGAGAAGAAGCUGCCCUAUAUCUGUGAGAAAAAAGAGAACAGCGACCAGGCAAAGACUCCAGAUAAAUGGGUGCACACGGAGUGUGAGAACGAAUGGUUCCCAUGGCAGGGGUUUUGCUAUAAUCUUUAUGGAGCACAGAUGGAGGAAAAGAAGAGUUAUGCAGAGGCGCAGAAAGUGUGUGGAGAGAACGGCGCUCACCUGACCAGCAUCCACAGUCUGGAGGACAUGCAUAUGAUCACCAUGCAUUACACAGGAAAGGGUCUGAACCUGUGGAUCGGGCUAAAGGCUGAGGCCAACACCCAACUCUUUAAGUGGGAAGAUGGAACAGAUGCAUUGUUUACAUACUGGGCACGUAAUCAACCACCAGUGCAGCAGCCCAACACCACAAGCUGUGUGGUCCUCACUGAUUUGAUACAAACAUGGUCUGUGGAUUCUUGCAGCAUGCAGAAAUCCUUCCUGUGUAAGAAACCCGGCACGGUAAACGAGAGCGCAACAGAAAUUGGCUGCCCACAAGACGGGAAUUGGAGAAGGUAUCAAAAUGCAUGUUAUAAAGUCGACGCCCGGGAAGUCUCUUAUAAGAACAGCUGUAAAGUCAUCAUUAAUGACCGAUUUGAGCAGGCUUUCAUUAACAGCCUGUUGAAGGAGCAUGUAAGCAGAAAGCAUCAAUAUUUCUGGAUCGGGCUUCAGGACACUAAAGGCACAGGAGAGUACCAGUGGUUCAGCCAGAGUGGACAAGCGAGCAGAGUCCUGUACACCAACUGGAAAUGGGGAGAACCAGGUAAAGUCAGAGGGUGUGCAGUGAUGUCCACGAGCCCAGUGGGUCAGUGGUCUGUGGAGAACUGCACGGAGUUCAAAGCUGGUAGCAUCUGCAAGAGUCCCAUUGGUUCUGAACCUUCUAUCCCAACUUUACCAGUUGACCCUAACCUCAAUGCAACCUGCUCUCCAGGAUGGGUUUCCAGACCUGGAAUGAAAUAUUGUUACAAGGUGUUCAACGAAGAGAGAGUGAAUCGAAAGCGCUCGUGGGAAGAGGCCCAGCAGUUCUGUGAAGCACUUGGAGCUCAUCUUCCCAGUUUCACUGAGCAGGAUGAGAUGAGUUUACUCCAUGACAUUAUGAGAGACUCUGUUAGUGAUGAUCGAUACUUCUGGGUUGGCUUAAAUCGGCGAAAUCCAAACAACGACAACCGAUGGGAGUGGAGUGAUGGGCAACCUGUGUCCAUGAAGAUAUUUCCGGAAGAGUUCCAUGAAGAUGAUGAGUAUAACAGAGACUGCACUGCCUUUAAGUCGCUAAAGAAAAAAUACAUGCUGCUGUUCAUUCUCCUGAUGGCGGAAGGUCCGAAUCAGUUUUACCCCAGAGCCUUUCACUGUGAUGCUAAGCUGGAGUGGGUGUGUCAGAUCCCACGAGGUCAAAUCCCAAAGAAUCCUGAAUGGUAUAACCCAGACGGACACCAUAACACCUCAGUGUUUAUGGAUGGGCAGGAGUUCUGGUUUGUGACCAAUCCCAUUUUGUCCUAUGAAGAGGCUAGCAUGUACUGCAGCAGCAACAAAAGCAAACUAGCCACACUCAGGUCCUUCAACACGGCCAGACACCUGCAUGAACAUCUCUAUAAGCAUGCAGGUAUGGGGAACUGGUGGGUGGAUCUUCGUGAACCUGGUCCUCUUGUUCCUUUAAGGUAUGCUCGUCUGCAUGCCUUUCACACGAUGUUCUUGGGCAGAUGUACUUCACUUAGCCCUGGAUCCUUCACACCAGAGUUCCAGGUCCGAUGUGAGGUCAAACAGCCGUUUGUGUGCGAGACGAUAAACGUCACAUCCUCGGAGGCUGGAUCACAACAUCCCCCCGGCAAACCGUGCGAGAAAGACGCGCUUGUCUUCAGAGACAAGUGCUACACAGUGACCAAGCCACAGUCCAGCAGUUUUAAAGCAGCUAACGAUUUCUGCCAGACCCUGAGGGGAAGUCUCUUGUCCAUCCGAGACCAAACUGAACAGGACUUCGUCACCACCCUGCUGCCAGGAAAACCACAAAAGCUUUGGAUUGGUUUGAGGGACAAUCAGUGGGUGGACGGUACGCCAGUGAAUUACCACAACUUUAACCCGCUGAUCCAUGGCCAGCUACGUCUUCUACGCAUCAGUCUUUUUGAGCAGGACAGCUUGCAGAUGUGUGCCUAUAUGUUUAAUGAUCCCCAUUCGGACAUGCUGGGCACUUGGGACUACACUUCCUGCUCUGAUGAGCAGAGCGUCGCUAUCUGCCAGUAUUAUGCAGAUAAAAAGGAGGACCCUGUGGUAACUGAGGGUGAGUUCCAAAUCAACAGUAACACCUUUAAGCUGGUUUUGAAGGAGAAUGUGACCUGGUACGAAGCUCGGGCGUUAUGUAAGAAGAAUAAUAUGGACCUGGCCAGUGUGGCUGAUGCAUACGAGCAGGCGGUGCUCACUGUAAACGUCAGCAAAGCUCAGCAUCCACUCUGGAUCGGACUGUUCAGUGAAAACAAUGAGCAGUACCACUGGACAGAUCGCAGUCAUACCGUGUUCAGCCGCUGGGGCCCAGAGGACACUGAAGGGAAAUGUGUUUAUCUGAACACUGACGGUUUCUGGAUAGCCACGGAAUGCGAGGAGAAGCUAAAAGGGGCGAUCUGUCGCAUUCCGCAAGAGCACGUCAUACCUUCUCAUGACACUAAAAUGUGUCCACAUGAGAACAAUGGACCCAACUGGAUCCCAUUCCAAAACAACUGCUACACGUUUGUGCUCCGGGCUGCGAGAUGGCAGGAACAUGACGAGAACAACGAGAUGCAGACGUGCCAGAGUCUUGUUGGAAAGGGUAACCUUCUGACCAUUCGGCAUGAAGAGGAGAACGAAUUUAUUAAGACGCAGCUUCAGCCUUUUAAAGCUCUGGCUUCGUUUGUGUGGCUGGGGAUGCACAGAGAUAAGAAAGAUGGGAAACUGAAAUGGCAUGAUGGUACCUACGUCCAGUACUCGAACUGGAAAAACGGAAGACCGACAGCCACCGAGCCGUUCAUGGCUGGUCUCAGCCUGUCUGGAGAAUGGUACCUGUUUGAGCAGGAAAAGAUUUUUAAACCUUUCAAGCAGAGGACCAUUGUGGUUUGCAAAAUUGAAAGCGAUCACAACGAGGAGUAUCGAAAGGACCCAAUUGAUGUGAAAACUCCAGCUGGCUAUAGCUUCCGCUUGGCUGCGAAGAAACUGAACUGGUACGACGCCCUGAAGGAGUGCAGCAGUGACGGUGGCCAUCUUGUUAGCAUUCACGACGAAGCAGCUAACAGAGACAUAGCACAGAUUGUUAAACGAGAUGGAUUUCCUCUCUGGACUGGCCUUUCCAGGCUCGAUUUCAGUGGCUGGCCUUAUGAGUGGUCAGAUGGCACGGCAUUGAAGUUCCACCCUGAAGGGUUUCUGAGUACGGACUCUAUUUCGGAGGAAAAAUGCGUCUACGUGGACUCGAAAGGCAACUGGACUGCAGUCAACUGCCUUGCUGAGAUGGAGGGGGCUAUUUGUUACAAGAGCCGCAAAAAGUCUCCGUUCGUCGCUCCUUCCAGCGCUAACUGUCCUGAGAGUAAUGGAGAGGUUUCAUGGCUCCAGUAUAAAGACAACUGCUAUGCCAUUAUCAUGAACCUGUACAACUACUCCGUCUUCUCCAAAGAGCACGCGCAAAAUGUUUGUACGGCACUGGACUCUUCCUCUGACCUUUUGACCAUUAAGAGUAAGGACGAGAAUGACUUCGUCACCCGGCACGUUGCUGAAAACCCUCUGGCCACGUCUCGUGUUUGGUUGGGGCUGAAAACGAUCAACAAAGAUGAAGCUGCUGUGUGGAUGGACGGGAACAAAGUGGGCUUUUCGAACUGGGAGCAUUCUCAGCCUCGUCCUGGUUGUGCCGUCUUGGUGUCCGUGAACGGGACGUGGAGCACGGCGAACUGCAACAGAAGCCAAAGCCGCGUCGUCUGCAAGGCGCCGGCCAAAUCGCACGGGACUCCAGUGGCCUUGGUCUUUUUCAUCAUCGUGCUGCUUUGCGUCAUCGCAGUCGUGAUCUUCGUCCUGUAUAAAAAGACCCGACACCGCUACUUCUCCACAGUACGCUACCGAAGGAACUAUGAUGAAGCGGACAGCGCGAGUAUGAUCGCAGAGACUGACUGAACGCAGUCGGUAAACAGCAAUUAAGCAAAAGCAGGUUCCGUCACCUUUCAGUGUUAGGACUCGACACCUUCAAACACAAAAGGAGUUCCUUUAUUAUUCCACUGUUAAUACUGAUCUGCCCAACAGCUGCAGGGUUUGUAAUUAAUAUCCCAAACGAAUGUCGAAUAAUCUUGUAGAUAUGUGGAAACACGGAAGUUUGUUUUAAUUUAAAUUUCCUAAAUGAGAUUUGUAUAUUUUAAUGAGAACUGCCAAAUAUUUGGACGUGAUACAGUAUUCUUUUUUUUUUUUUGUUCUUGCCAUUCUGUGGCAUCCUUGGAUUGAAUUUUAGGACUGGCCAGGGUUUUUUUUUUUAAGUUCUUCUGAGCAUCGAUUGCACUUUGUCAAACUUGGAUCAUUUUAAAGCCUUAAUGCUUUUCUUUUCUUUCUUAAUGCCUUUUUUUUGGUGCAUUUUGUUUCUCUUCACUCGAAUAUCUAAUCAGAGCAUUCUUUCUCCAAGUACUUUAUACCUGUUCUGAUGCAUUCUUGCUGUUUUUGUGCUUGGUCUGCUUUAAUCACUGUUUAACUCCGUGACUUGGUAAAUUUGGCAAACGAUCCUAUGUAGCGACUCAACCGAGUUUUUAAUUGGUCAAAUCUCUGAUGACUGCUUCUACACAGUCAUUAGCCCACAAGCUCCAACUUCAGUAUGCGCAUCGAAAUAUUUCAUUAGAAAACGCAGUUUAUAUAAAACCACAUGUAUACCAUACCACAUAAACUCAGCUGCAUGUUUGACAUUAUCCAUCUAUUAUUUCAAACUUCUGUAAAGACUACAUUUACAUCAUCUGAUCUCCCUGAAUCUGGUUACACUGUGGAAUAAGACGAAUGUAUAGUAUGCCUUAAUACCGUAUGAUGUAUGGCCGAACAGAGUUUACCUCUCUUAUUCUUUGCACUCACUACUGACGUAUAAUGCACUUUAAAUAUGUUUUCUUGCGGACUGCUUACAAAUUCAAGCACAACACGAGGGUGUUUUGUGAAGAACUUUUGAGAAAAUAUGCAGAAACAGCACUCGAACAGCACAGGGAUGGAUGUUGUUGUUGUAUAUGAUCUGUAAAUAUCUUUUUGGUACAUUAUGGUUUCCUUUUAGAUGUAUGAACCAAAGACGCUUCUGAAAUCACUAAACUGAUUCAGUGUGAUCCUGCUCAGGUUUUCAUCGACCCAUGAUUUGGAAUAUUCUCGAAAGUGAAAGUUAAAUUGUUCAGCUUUGCGAUUCUCAUUUUGCUAAUCAAACUCGCUCAAUAAAACGCUGUCUCUGUGG